UGGAACCUCGUUAUAAUGCAGGAUUCGGAUAUACCACAGACUCGUCCCGCCUUCUACACCUGCCCAUCAUGUCGCCCAAAGAGAGGCCGACCUUCUUCCUGUGAGCCCUCUCGCGCGUGCGCGGCCUUCUCCCAGCAGCCUUUGCGAAGCAGAGCCGAGAGCUCCUUUGGCAGCUUCAAGAUGGCAGACCGACCGGUUCCCAUUAAAGAUAUGAGGCUCCUGGAUGUUAAAGUGGGACAGUUGCCAACCUGGUUAACAACACGAGAUUACAGCCCAACUGGGAUUGUUAGAAGUUGCCAAGGAGGUUAUGACAGAUUUUUCAAGAAGUAUAUUGAUGUGAGGAAAGGAGGUAUUGGAGGUAUUGCCAUGAUGCUAACUAGCUAUGUGAUCAUCAGCUACAUCUGGAACUACAAGCAUCUUAAGCAUGACCGCUGGAGGAAGUAUCACUGAGAGUCAAUGGACCAGAAGAAUACAAGGCGCCAUUCUGUGACUGGUAGUGAAGAUUGCUUCAACUAAAGACAGACUGGCUGUUAUGUUCUAGAAUCACCAGUGUAUUCUGUGACCAAUAAUAAAAUAUUUACCAACAUA